CCAUGCUCUCCCCUCUCUCUCUCUCUCCCUCUCAUUGUUUCCCACACUGACUGUGUCGCCGCUGGGCUUCGUGUCGGGUUAACAAAUGACCAACCAGCCGCUUAGAUGAGAAGAGCGCAGAGUGAAAUCACUCCGCUGGAGACGCAACUCUAGCGCUUCACCCACUCAUCGCGAAGUAUAAUGUUUUUAGUUUUGUGCGUGGAUCAGGCUUGAAGAGAAGAAGAAGAGAGAGUGUGAGCUAAUUGGGAUGAGAGUUCAAGUCAAGUGAGCCGGCAGAUUGGACCUUUAAAGCCUCUUAACGCAGGUGGUGGGAGGAAUACAGCGCAAGGGGAGUGUGUUUGUGUGCCGUGUAGGUGUUUGUGUCAGUGGAAAUCCACCCUGGAUACAGAGGCAAGGGGGUGACCAGGUGUGCGUGGGUCGCUGGGUGGGUGAUAAAUCCAAGCGGAGACUUAGGUUAUGGUUUCUCCGUCCUGGACGCGAUGAAGUGGCUCAGCGGGAGUUUCAGGGUUUAAAGACCGGAGAGGAGGAGAGCUGGGCGGACGGACGGACGCAGCGAGGGAGGAGGAGGAGGGGGACACCAGCACCGCCGAAGCGCACAACACGGUCCCCAAUCCCGUGACGCAGGGAUGGAGAGCACAAGAGCGCACAGGCUGACUCGGCUGGAUCCCAGACACCGGAGCGGAGAGAUCACCGGGAAGCCAGACAUGAGGAGUGACCGACACCGUGGACACCUCUACCUGCAGCGAACUGUGAUUUUUCUCGUCGCGCUCACGAUACAACCGCAGUCAGUGUGUGCAGUCGGGAUGUUCGAGCUUCAGAUCCAUUACUUCCAGAACCCACUUGGACUUCUGCAGACCGGAGAAUGCUGCGACCUCCAGGCCAGUGGGGGGCAGCGCUGCUCUGCCAGGGACCAAUGUGACACUUUCUUUCAAGCCUGCCUCAAGGAGUACCAGGCCCGGGUCGUCCCAACUGGAGCCUGCACCUUCGGGUCAGGCAGCACAGGGAUCCUGGGUGGAAACUCCCAGUCGCUCCGCCACCGAGGCCACGAUGGAGGAGGAGGAGGAGGAGGAGAGGAUGGGACUAAUGGACACAUUGUCAUUCCCUUCAAAUACGCAUGGCCGAAGUCCUUCUCUUUGGUGUUGGAGGCUCUGGACUAUGACAACGACACAACAGAAUCAGGUCAGUUGAUUGAGCGAGUCCUCCUCUCCUCCAUGUUGAACCCUGGUGAACAGUGGCAGACGUACCGUCACCACGGUCGACCUCUCAGCCUGGAUUACCGGCUCCGCUUCCGCUGUGAUUCAAACUACUACGGACCUUUCUGCAACAAGUUCUGCAGAGCCCGCGAUGACUUCUUUGGUCAUUUCAACUGCGACCCCAGCGGCUCCAAGGUUUGCAUGGAGGGCUGGACGGGACCAGAGUGCAAAGAAGCUGUGUGCAGACAGGGGUGUCAUCAAGCCCACGGCUCGUGUACUGCACCUGGAGAAUGCAAGUGUCAUUACGGCUGGAAGGGCCCUCUGUGUGACCAGUGUGUGACGUUCCCCGGCUGUGUGUACGGGAGCUGCACUGAGCCCUGGCAGUGUGUGUGCGACGUCAACUGGGGAGGACUGCUGUGUGACAAAGAUCUGAACUACUGUGGCACCCACCAGCCAUGCAAGAACGGAGGCACCUGCACUAACACAGAGCCAAAUGAGUACCACUGUGAGUGCCAGGAGGGCUUUAGAGGACGCAACUGUGACAUCGUGGAACAUGCAUGUUUGUCGUCCCCAUGCAUGAAUGGAGCAACCUGUGUGGAAGACCCGACGGGCUUCAGCUGCACCUGUACUGAGGGCUGGACCGGACACACCUGCACUGAUGCAGUGAGGCAGUGCGAUCGGAGCCCUUGCGGACGUGGAGCAACGUGUCAGGAGACUCCUGGAGGUUACCGGUGCAUCUGCCCACCUGAAUGGACCGGCAGGACAUGCCAGCUGGACACCAACGAGUGUGAACUGAAUAUAUGCGUCCACGCCCGUUCCUGUCGCAACCUGAUCGGUGGAUUCCUGUGUGACUGCCUUCCUGGAUGGACGGGGCCAAACUGCGACAUCAGAAACAGCAGCUGUCAGGGUUUAUGUUUGAACGGCGGUCGUUGUGAGGACCAGGUGUCCGGGUCCAGGUGCUUGUGUCCAACUAGUUUCUCGGGAAAAUAUUGCCAAAAUGGUCCAAGUCCUUGUGCCAGCGCCCCCUGUCUGCAUGGAGGACAGUGUGUGGAGAAGGAUGGAAAGACUGUCACUUGCAACUGUCCCACGGGAUUUUCAGGAGUCUUCUGUGAGAUAGCGUUGGAUCUGUGCAAUCCCAACCCCUGCCAGCAGGGGGUGCCCUGUCACAGCACAGAGGGCAGAUACAUGUGUGCAUGCCCUGAGGGUUAUUAUGGUAACGAGUGCAUGAGCCUUAAAAAUCCCUGCAUUGGAUCACACUGUCCAGGUGCCAUGUCCGACACAACACACGGGGGCGUCAGCUUCUACAUCAUCCUGGUGAGCGUCUUAGCGUUAGUGACAGUCUGUGGCUGUGCGGCCUGCGCCUUCACCCUCUCCCACCUCCAUCGAAAGCGGAAAAAGCAGCAGGCCGUUCCACAGGAGGAAGGCAUCAACAACCAGAGGGAGUUUGUCAACCUCAUCAGAAACGUGGACCGUCCCGUGCCCCUUCUGCCCCCCGCCUCCCCGCUUGCACACCCUCCAGCGCCUCCUGCCCCGGUCUCACGUUGCUAUGAGGAGAUUGAACUGACCCUACCACCCUCCCCUGCACCUUCACACCCAUCUCCGGCGCUGAAGCCAGCCCAUGCGCCCAAACUGGACAUUUCAAACCGGGAGAGGGAGAAGUUGAACCGCUUCCACUACACAGACAAUCAGGAGCUGGAGGCUUGACCCUUAAACAUUUGAGCCUCUGAGGAGUUUUUUGCAAUUUUUAUUUUGCAUUCUUCGCACUCUCUCCCUCACAGGGACCUGUUUCCAGUGUCUUGCACUGACACUGUUGAAGUUGUGAAAAUGGAAUAACCCUAUGACCUUUAUGCGCUCAGACAGCACCUGAGGAGCGAAGGCUGCUAAGUAGAAGGGUCAAAAGUCUUACUGUGUUGUUGUCUUUGAUCUUAUUAACUAUUAAAAGCAGCAGCUGCAUGAUGUUUGAAUCCGACUCUCGAUUAAAUCUGGAGACUUAAAGACUUGCCUUGGAGUGCCUGAGAUACCGUCAAGAGUUAAAAGAGGCUUGUCCUCUAUAGGAGCCUCUCCACCUGUUUCCUGGUCCAUGAUGCCACCUGAUUGGUGCUCAGACCUCCAUUUCUGUUUCAGACUGAAUUCUGACCAACAAAGAGAUCAAUGAAUGGAUGCUUAUUUAACACUCAGUGUGUGUUUCUGUGUCUGUGUGUAAGUGUGUGUGAGAGUGAAUGUAUAUUAUGAGUGUAUGUGUGGGGAAAAAAAGGACAGUUUCAGAAAAUUUGACAUGCAUGUCAAAAAGAGUGCAUACCAUUUUGAAAACUGUUUUAAAGCUAUACACUGUUGCCUGUAAUGUCUCUGUAAUACUACAGUUUGUCAAAGAUGUAUGAUUUUUUUCAUACCUGCGUGUAAAAAAAGGCUUUUUUGUAUAUUAAUAUAUUGUACAUAUUGAUGCCCUUUUUGUACUGUGGUUUGGUCUGAAAGUAUCACUGUAUUACUUUGCUCUGUUUGUCUCAUUUUGCUUUCCAUUUGGAGCAACCAGCACACAUGGAUUGUAAUAAAAGUGCAUUUACCAA